UGUAAAAAUACCUGUCACGACUCUUGGUGACAAAGUCUUAAGUUCUCCUAAUUGUACUGUAGCUUGUUGCUUAGGUUCAUGAUAGAAAGAAAUGCUAAAUUUCAGUUAUAGAUUAGUGAACCUUCUCCCCCGACCUAUCCAGGUUCAUAGGUGGCUGAAAUCUUAACAUGGACUCCAGAUAAAAAACUGAAUUGGAGAAUGCUUGGAUCCUUUCUAGCUCUGUGAUUCUGUGAGACUCUGACUCUGAUCCUGGAGGGUCCUGCGGGGAGGGAGAGGGACCCUGUGCUCUGAGGAUAUUGACCCUAGGACAGGCCUACCUAAGGGCCUUUCAAGCCUCAGCCUUGCUUUCCUGUAUGGCUCUGUUCUAGACGUUUCAGAGAAACUGGCUGGCUGCUCCCGGCAGGAGCCUUUGCCCUCACUGAUCAAUGGCUGCCUCGGCAGAUUUAUUGACCCAGCCCUUUGUUUUCGGGAAACAGCUGCCUUUCUCUUGUUAACUCCAGAUAGCCUGUUCCCGACCAGGAUGCCUUCUGUGCAUUGGAGUCAGCACUAGGGCAAGAAGGACAUCAGGAGCAGAGUAGCAUCCUACGGAUCAAAGGGCAUCCUCCAAAGGCCAGAAGCUAUGCCAGGCCCUUUCAUCUGGCUCCUUCAUCAGCCGGCAGCAAAGGAGUGAGGCUUCUAACCAGAAACUCCCAUUUGGAUAGACAUGGAUGCACAGAGCCCACGCUAAGCAGUCUUAUGGGCAAUGGAGGGUUCCACUUCGCUGAGAGGAGGAGAAAGACCCGGAAGACUGCAGUUCUGCCUUGGCCAUCGGAGUCUGGGCCCCACCUGCCUCCCUGGCUGCACAUUCAGGUCACUCCCCUUCCUGCUUUCCUCCUCCAUAAAAUGAGGGUGGGUAUGAACUGAAACCUCAAUGGGCCUGGCCCUUCCAGCACUUGUGGAUUCUAAAACAGAGAAGGAAUCUGGGGCAGAUGGGCAGAGGAGGGAGGGGCUGGAAACUCCUGCCCCAGAGAGCUGUAGCCACGCUCUAUUGACUAGCCAGAGCUGGAAGUCCUGGGAAUCUGCUUUCCUGGGGCAUGUAACUCUGGCUAGGAGAAGGGAUGAAGAGUGAGGUGCUCUGACUGGAUAGGAUAAAUUUCUUUUGUCCCCCCUGUCCUCUCUUCCUGAGGAUAAUUCCUUUACAAAAUAUUUAUUGAAGUAGAAAAUGCAUAGUGUGGUCAGUGCGUAACUUUUAAGUGUAGAAGUUGAUUAAUUUUUUUAACAUAUGAAUACAUUUGUGUAUUAAUAUAAUGAACAUGCCAGAAGCCUAGAAAGCUCCCUCCCUUGUGCCCCUUUGUACCCCACCUGCAGGUAACUGCUAUUCUGAACUUAGAUGAGUUCUGUCUUUCCUUAAAUGCUGCAUAAAUGGAGCCACACAGUAUGCAUUCUUUUGCACCUGUCUUCUUUUGCUUAUCGUUAUGCCUGGGAGAUUCUGCCAUUGGAUUUUGCAGGAAAUAGGUGCCUGGAUGGGGAAGAUCCUCUGCAGUCUCUUUUGCAUAUGCCCCUGAGCUUGGCUCCUUCCUGGAAGCUAGGGUGUGAAGGCUUUAAAACGUGGCCUCCGAAUUUCUUGACAUUCCUCUUCCUUAAUAGCUGGAAUACUAGUGCUUGGAGCACUGGGCCACUAUGUAGGAAGUCUCAGUACCCCAAGGCCACCAUGCACCGAGGAAGCCAGGCUACAGGGAGAGGCCACAUGUAGGUGCUCUGUUGUUAAUCCCAGCUUUUGAGUCUCCCAUCAUGUGAGCAAAUGGGCCCAAGAUAACUACAGCCCUAGCCAUGAAAUCAUCCCCUGCCUUCAAGGUCCCAGAUUAUGAUACAGAGACAAGUCAUCCCUCUGGUCACCCUGUUCACCCCAUGUCCUGCCCAAGUUACUGACCCACAGAAUCAAAGUGCAUAAUAAAAAUGGUUAUCUUAAGAUGCUAAAUUCUGGGGUAAAUUGUUAUGCAGCAAUAAUAACUGGAACACAGGGUGAGAAGUGGCUGGACUUGGGGAGGGUGAGUUUAGCCUUCUCACUGGGUGGCUUUACCAUAGUAAGUCCACUGGCUGAUGUACAGCCCUGCCUUGGCCUCAUCCUCUGGUCCUAUCUUCAGAGCUUCUGUUAUUCACUUUAGGCCAGUUGUAAAUUGUCUGCCCCAUUCCCUCUAAAGCAAAAGGUAUCUCCUGGUAAAGGUAUGGUUUUUGUCUGUAGGCUUUUGCCUCCCUUCCAGAGUCUCCUGAAGAGGUGGGCACGUGGAAUAUUUGGAUAGGACAGUUUCUGGCAUGUGCAAGUAAAUUGCUUAACACAGCCCCAGGCACACAGAGCUCAAGAGAUGUGUCUGCCAAAGGCAUUAUCCUUCCCUACCAUAUAGUCUGUUCUUUCAUCGCUAAAAAUAAAUGCCUGGGGCUGGGUGAUUUACAAAGAAAAGGUUUUAAUUGGCUCCUUGUUCUGUAGGCUACACAGGAAGCAUGGCGCUGGCAUCUGCUCCUGGUGAGGGCCUUAGGAAGCUUACAAUCACGGAGGAGAGCAAGUGGGAAGCAGAGUGACACGCUUGAGAAGAGUGAUGAAUUAUAUUGAUGAUUCAACGUCUCUUGGUUUUACUCCUGCACCACCCAAAGAGAAAAUAAUAAGACAAGAACAUUUCUUUUUCUAUCUCAGUGUCAUAAUAUGACAUUGUAUUAUUACAGUGCAGUGUAACCACAUUUCAGAAGAGAAUGCGUAGCUCAAAACACCGAAGUAGAUGGGGAGGCCAAGGCCUUAAUUCUUCCGGAAACUGGACCGGUGCUGGGUUCUAGGGUGUGUUCAGCGUCAGAAUCAUCAGCAGGGUAAGUUCCUUUUGCUAAGGGUUCUUCUAGCCCCUGAACCCUAAGGCUCCGGGGUAGACAAUUCCAGAUGCCACAGGGCCCUGGAAGAAGGAGAGAGGUUGGGCUUAGGUGGUCCCUCUGGGGUCUCAGGCUGCAGGGUCUGCCUCCCGGUGGCAGGGCUGGAAGCCAGCUCUGGGACUCCUGGAGCUCAGGGGGAGGUCAAGGCUGAGGAGCAGCUCAUCUCCACCAGAGGUCAGCAUCACCGAGGGGUCCGGGACACAGCAGCCAAACAGCCAGGCUCAGGAGGCAGCUCCGUGCUUGAGCGGGCUCAGCCAGGUCAGUUCUUUCCUCCUCCCCAACCAUCCUCAGGCCUCGAGCAGUCCUAAGAGUGGGAGAUGCUGUAGCGCUAGUGUUGUGCCUUCUUGGCAAGCGUAGAUUUCUGCUGGAUUCCCGUGGACCCGCGGGACCCUGAAACUGAUGGGUCAUUCAUCAGCCAAGCCCUGCAGCAUCCGGGGCAGCUACCUCUCUGUGCUCACACCGAGCUGUGGACCAUCCACUGGCUUCUGUCAAAGCCUUGGGCAGGUGGGGCAGUCACUUUCUACACUUCAAGGAACGAACGUGCUGUGAGCCUACGUGAAUUUUUCUCCACUCAAUCUCAUUGUCCUUGUGAGAGAUGGGUUCCAUCUACGAGAUGUCUGUGCCGUCCCCCCUUCACUGAAGCAACAGUAGGUCAUGUCUGAAUGCAGAAGCAAGGCCUCAUGCUGGGAAAACACAUCCUGACUGUAGAGCUCUCAGGCUUCUACAGUCAAAGCCAAAGGUUCAAAUCCUCUUUUUAUUACUCAGAAGCCACAUGGCCCUGAGCCAGUGAAGUAACUCUCUGAACCUCAGUUUACCAAUCUGUAAGACAGAGAUCAUGUAAGUGAUGACAUUGAAACUUACAUCAGGGAGAAGCAUCUGAGUGUGCUUUUGCAGUGCCUGGUAAUACCCUUUACCUAAUAGGAUGUAACACAUUACCUAUUACUACAGGAGGAGGGAAAUCACAUCUCUCUUUGAUUCUACUUUGUGACAAACUACCUGUGAUUGGAAAAUUGGAAUUGGAGUCCUCUCCUUAAUAUGGACCUUUGACAUAAAAAACUGUACCUGUUUCCUAAUGAACCUACCCAUCCUGACCCACCCUCAAAGAUGCCUCCAGAGUGAGCGCCUCCAGAGUGAGCAUCCUAAGGCUUAGAUGUGAUCCUUCAGCUCAGCAUGAGCCAACAGGAAUAUAGCAGAAGCUGCAUCUGUGAUUUUAAUUUUCUUAGGAGACACACUGAAAAAGUAAAGGAGGCUGGGCUCGGGGGCUCACUCCUAUAAACUCAGCACUUUGGGAGGCCAGUGUGGGCGGAUCACUUGAGAUCAGGAUUUUCGAGACCAAAAAUCCAGACAUUUUGUCAAUAUGGCAAAACCCUGUCUCUACCAAAAAUGCAAAAAUUAGCUGGGCAUGGUGGCUCAUACCUGUGAUCCUAGCUACUCAGGAGGCUGAGGCAGGAGAAUCGCUUGAACCUAAAAGGUGGAGGUUGUAGUGAGGUGAAAUCACACUCCAGCCUGGGCGACAGAGCAAGACGCCAUUUAAAAAAAAAAAUGUAAAGGAAACCAAAGAAGUAAACUUCAUUUUAACAAUAUAUUGACUUUGAUAUAUCCAAAAUGUUAUCAUUUCGACAUGGAAUCAAUAGAAAAUAUUACUAAUGAGAUAUAUUAUAUUCUUUUUUUUUUUUGAGACAGAGUCUCGCUUUGUUGCCCAGGCUGGAGUGCAACGGCACGAUCUCGGCUCACUGCAACCUACACUCCCGGAUUCAAGCGAUUCUCCUGCCUCAGCCUCCUGAGUAGCUGGGACUACCGGCGCGUGCCACCACACCCGGUUAAUUUUUAUAUUUUUAGUAGAGAUGGGGGUUCCACUGUGUUAGCCAGGAUGGUCUCGAUCUCCUGACCUUGCGAUACACCCGCCUCGGCCUCCUGAAGUGCUGGGAUUGCAGGCGUGAGCCACCGCGCCUGGCCCUUUUUUUUUUCUAUGAAGUCUUUGAAACCCAGUGUGUGUUCUACACCUGCAGUGCCCCUCCAUCCACCUGGCCACAUUUCCAGCGCUUCACAGCCUCGUGGCGAGUGGCUCGCCCACUGCACAAUUCAAGGUUAGCUCUGCAGCAGCCCUGUAUCAGCAGCAAAAUGGCAUUGGCUAAUUUUCUUAACCUUAUCUCACGUUAGUCCUAGGACAUGUCAUAUUCUUUCUUUCGCAUCUUUGCACGUUGGCCCUCAUGGCAUUCUCUGCAUCCUAUCUCCUUUUCCUGGCUGAAUCCUUACAUCAGCCCUGGGGCAGUAGAGACUCUAAUGACUCCCUAUUUUAAGGAGAAAACUGAGGCUUGAAAUGAUCACACUCCUUGGUGCUCCAUGGCAAAGUGACUUGUAAGUGGUGACCUGACUCCAGCCUCUUUGUUCUGAACCACUCUUCUCUUCUGAAGGUUGAAUGAGCAGGAAUGCCAGGACUGGAAUGGAAAUGGGCUGCUGGGGGCAGGAGUGAGUGUCUGGUCAACAGAGGUAUUCAAGAGACCGCUGGAUGGUCCUCAGAGUGGGUGCGGUAGAGAUUUCUGCACUGCAUUGGGAUCGGGAUGCAGGUUGAAGAUGCUCAUGGCAGGUCCAGGGAUGUGGAAUGUUUUCUGUUCCAGGGAGGUUUAUGGGGCCGGUUUAUGGGGCAUUGUGGCCUCUGGUGCUUGUUCGAGCCCCAGGGUGGAAGGCUUGAUCUCCUCCUUUAGCUGUGCAAGGCUGGCUUUCCCCAAGCUCCCCUUGCCUUUGUGCAGCUUCUGGGCUGAUUGCGCUGGUCUUCUCCCCUGGAGGGCCUGGCCCUGCAUCCUCCCAUUGUCAGUGCUGAUAUAUAUCUCAUUAAUGUAGACUCACUGUAAAUAUUUUUAGAAAUACCACGUUGCUCUCCUGAAGGCUGGCAGGGCUGAGUGUGAGCCAGCCUGGUCCUGUCAGCCUCUUCCUGGCCUCCUUCCUGCCUCUGCUGUGCUUCCUGUCCUCACUGUCUCCUGCCCAAGUCCCUCCUCUCAGCCAAACAAAGGCUUCCUCUGCACCCAACCUUGGGGAUGGGAGGAGAAGACGGGUGGCAUAGGGACACCUGGACGAAACCCUUUUGCUCUCCCCAUCCGAAGGUCAAGUGCAUGGAGGAGAUCGUGGCCACAACCUUUCAGCAUCAAAGGCCGUCUCGCCUGCUUUCCUGUUCUCCCCACAGUGAGUCCCUUUUAAGGAAGGAGACUGUUGAUCUAACCCACCUUGUUUACGAAAUCGUAAUGAAUUCAUCUGCUCAGUUUUUAUUCAUCAAAAGCAUGCUGAGCAGCAUGGAGUAGCCGGGGUCCCCACGCUGACUUGGUAAAGUCCAAGCUCGUGGUGCUGGUGCUUGACAUUUAAAGAGGGUUAUCUUAUGAUAGGGUGAGGAGAAUGAACCAUUUCCACAGCAUUUCACUUGGGCUGAUACUGCCUCUCCCCAUGUCUAUCAUCGACAGUCUCUGAUGUCAGCUUGGGAAUCAAUGGGCUAGUAACAUUUUAGGUGUCUUUCCUGUUCUAAGUCACGAAAACCCAGUGCCCAUUCAGAUUAUUCAGAUUGUUCUAAGAAAGUUCCCUUUCUUUUCUUUUCUUUUUCUUUCCUUUCUUUCAUCUCUCUCUCUCUCUCUCUCUCUCCCCGCCCCGCUCCCUCCCUCCCUCUCUUCUUUUGUCUUUUCUUUCUUUCUUUCUGGAGUUUCACUCUCGUUGUCCAGGAUGGAGUGCAAUGGUGUGAUCUCGGCUCACAGCAACCUCCUGGGUUCGAGCAAUUCUCCUGCCUCAGCCUUCUGAGUAGCUGGAAUUACAGGUGUCCACCACUAUGCCCAGCUAAUAUUUUGUAUUUUUGGUAGAGAUGUGGUUUCACCAUGUUGGCCAGGUUGGUCUCGAACUCCUGACCUCAGGUGAUCUACCCACCUUGGCCUCCCAUUGUGCUGGGUUACAGGUGUGAGCUACUGGGCCCGGCCCCUAAGAAAGUUCUGAUUGCUCCUGAGGUUACAGAAAUGAGGGUCCUCCAAUCCCAGUGCAUUUAUUAGAGGCUACCAUGUAUAGGGUGCCUUACCGAGUAAUGGGGGAUGGGUGGGUAAUGGUAGGUAAAAGGGUGACAGGAGGUGGCUGGGAGAUAAGGAAAGGCUUCCAGACUUCCUUAUCCCUGAUGCUCACAGUCUAACAAAUAGCCCAUCAAACUGGGUGUGCUGCUGUUGUGGGGAGAAUGGAUUCUCAGGUGAUCCUGUCAUUCAUCAACAAGAGAGUCAGUUUGUCUCCCACUUUGGAUCUUUUUGCAAGAAACCUACUUCUCCAACCACAUCUGGAAGCUAUUGCCAUAAUUCCCAGAAUCAUGGAAAGGCAGACUUGGCCGGCGCAAUGUCCUCAUGUACAGAUAGAAAAACCAAGGCACAGAGAGGGGCAAAAGCCUUGUCCGGGGUACAAAGCAAGCUAGUUACUGGGGUUUAGGUAAGAUAUCAGUGACCCCAAGAGACCCCCUCGUCUACGCUAUUUGAAAUGCCAGUUUCCAUUUAUUCUCCUCAUCGUUCUCCAGUUUCUCUGUCUCUGUAAUGCUUAUCGUUACCCGAGUUCUCUGCACUUACUUAAUUUUCAUCGUGUGUCUCCGUUCCACCUCUGGAAUGAAAGUGCAGGAAACCAAGGACAUACCUUGAAUUGCUCACACUGUAUGCCCAGUGCCUCGAAUAGUCUGGCACAUAGUAGUUGCUCAAUAUUUUCUGAGUGAAUGAAUUAGUAGCCAGGAUGGGAUUAGAAUUCAUAUCCCUGGGUCCUAGGCCAGUGAGUGAGUUUUCUUGCUGUCCCCAGAGACUGGGGAGUUCUGGGAGUUUGCAGUAUGGCCUUAGAAUUUGAAAUAGCACCAAAUGGUGGAGUUGGGGGUGGAGAGGGUUGUUGAGGGGGUUUCUGUUUUAACCAGGGGGCAGCUGACCAUUUGCUUUUGGUCAGAUAAGCUUCUAAAGUAGGGUGUGUGUGGGUGUGUGCGCGUGCGUGCAUGGGUGUGUCUGUGUGUGCAUGUGAGUGUGCAUGUGUGAGUGUGUGUGUCUCUGUGUGUGUGUCUGUAUGUGCAUGUGUGUGUGUGUCUGCGUGUGCGCCUAGGGCUGGGGUGGGGGGGGUGUUUCGCUGCUGGAGAAAGGGGAAGUGAAAUUCCUAAGUGUGGGCCGGGCAGCCAAGUUAUAUCCCGCCUGUGUCUCUGCCCUCCCUUCCCCUUCCCCUUUCCUUCAGAUAACACCACCAGCUGUUAGGGACACAGCUGUGGCUGCCUCUCGGGAAGGAGAGAAAAAGGCCCUGUUGCCCUGGUGAGUUCCCAAGCUGUGGAGUUCAAAGCAGACCUGUGAAUUGAGGGGGCUGGAGCCAGAGCUAGGAGGGAGGAGGUGAGAAGUCAGGAAGGGACAGAAAGGCAGUACUUCCACUUUGAUGUCUCCAGCCCACAGCUUUGGGUGGGUCUGGGUGAGGUCCCAGCAGAGGGGUUUAGCUUCCCCCCACCCCAAACUCUUAGAGAGCCCCAGUGAAGCACCUGCCUGUACUCCAAGCCAGAUGUUUAUUCAGAUCCCCGAUCCCACUGCCCACAAGCAAGCGCACCCAGUAUACAUGCCUCCGGUGAAUGUGUGCAUUCAGUGCACACUCAUGCCUACAACACACACACACAAGCACACUCUUCUGUACACGUUAAUGUACAAGCAAGCUCACUCUUCUACAUGCGUGAAUGCGUGCACCAACACACACUCAUAUCCCCAUGCACACACAAGUCCAGCCUGCUCACAAGCACCUCCAGGCUUCACACACAAACCUUGCAUUCACAGGCUGGGCGCGGUGGCUCACAUCUGUAAUCCAGCACUUUGGGAGGCCCAGGCAAGCGGAUCACGAGGUCAAGAGAUCGAGACCAUCCUGGCCAACAUGGUGAAACCCCAUCUCUAUGUAUUUUGUAAAAAUACAAAAAUUAGCUGGACAUGGUGGCACGCGCCUGUAAUCCCAGCUACUCGGGAGGCUGAGGCAGGAGAAUUGCUUGAACCUGGGAGAUGGAGGUUGCAGUGAGCUGAGAUCGCGCCAUUGUACUCCAGCCUGGUGACAGAGUGAGACUCUAUCUCAAAAAAAUAAAACCAUAAAAACUUGCAUUCACAAAGCACACAUAGCCAGCAUGUCCAUGGCCACAAGCCAAGUCAGUCUCUGCUUUUGAAGCCAGGCACAAACCUGGGGGUGGGGUGGGUGAGGGAUUUUGAACCACUGACUCCAGAGGUCUCCCAGAAGUCUGGGCUCUCCUCACUCCUCACAGGGCACUGGAGCAGGUCCGGGUGCUUUUCUGCCAGGUGUCAUUCAUCUCAGUCUCAUCACAAUGCCCUGAAGAAAUCACCCUGGAGCGAGAGGGACGUUCCCCAGGAAACCUGUUCAGUCCUCUCCAGCACAGUCCAGCUCCAGGCACCCCGGCCAACAGACUUGCCUUAGCUGUUGGCUGGCCACAUAGCUCAGAGUAGAUUUUCCUGGAUCACUUUAGCAAAAGUCCCCUUGUUAAUACAGUAGCGCAGCUCUGGGGUGAAGACCCAAGUCUUCAGCACCCUAUUACUUCAGCACUUUUGUUACUUUAAUUCAACAGAUUUUACCAGGUGCCAAGUUGGGUAGGGGGCAGAAAUGGAAAGCAGGUAUCUGUCCCAGGCCUUUUAUAUGUCUAGUGUGCGGGCAGCUUCUGAGCCUCGGGACCUACAAGGUCCAUCUUCAGCUACUGAUCCUAUUUUCCAGCCUGUCUUCUGUGUGGAAUGGUGCAGUGUGGAACAGGGACAGAUGGGAUCAGGCGGGAUGAGGAGUAAGCUGGCUAAUUCUGCUCACUUCAGGCUGUCAUUGCAGGGGGCACUCAGGCCAUCUGGUUACAGCUGGCUCCUGUAUGGAGGCCGGAUCUUAUCAGCACUCUACCCUGUCUGGUCCCAAAUGGUGGCCUCUUCCCAGCCGUGGUUCCCAAUUCCCUCCCCUCUCAAUGAGUCUGGUUCCUCUAGUGAGAUUAACUGCUCUUUACCCUCUCCAGGGCAGAGAGCCUGGAGCUCAGCAGAUGAAAGGGAUGGAUCCAUAUCCUUUCCCACAGGGUCUCCAGGCUCCAGUCUGGCUCAGCACCCCAGUGGGAACAGCUGAGGGGAGGGAGACAAGGAUCUGAUUUCAGGAAUGCUCCAAGCUCACUCACUCCCUUCUCUCUGUGUUUCUAGCUGCAAAGGGCACAGACACCUGCAUCUUUCUGGGAGAAUCAUGGGAGAACUGGGAUCACUCGGGUGUCCCAAACUUGGUCUUGAUCCUGGAAUGUCCCAAGCAGUAAUGUUUACUCAUAAAAGGGCCAUCUAUUAUGCCCUCACCUGAGCCAAACUGGUCCCUACACAACUCCUAGGUCCCCUUUGAUAGGUAAAGAUAACUUACCACUGAAGAAGUCUGGUGUGGCCACAGGUUAAUAUUUCUGCCCAACCAUACUGUCGGGAUAUAAUGAAAACCAUUCUGCCAUCUGCACAGAACUUCUGUUAGCCAAAAAUGCAGGAGCAAGAGGCCCCAAACAAUUCCUACCCUGUGUACUGUGAGAUGGAUGGAGCCCCCGUUCUGGGUCCUAUUGGGUGUCGCAGCCCCCGCUGUGCAGACUGCCAAGAUUCCAGAGGCAGAGUCCUGUUAGCUUCCUAGCUGGCACCAGGCAACCAGGAAUUCUCUUUGGCAAUGGUUAGACCCGAGGUGGUUUCUGGAUCAAGUUCUGGUGCUAGCCUUACAUGUACGGAUCAUUGCCUGGCAGGAUUCUUAGACCCUGUCUAAUCAAGUGUGAGGAGUGUCUAUAAGUAGUCACUCUAUUUAAAAUCUCAACUGGGAGAGCAUAUUUUAAGGUAAAUUACAGGUAUCCUGGCAUCACUCUACAUUUCUACAAUGCUUAACAGAUGACACACCCCCCAAUUUAAAAAGGAUUGGGCAUGUUUCAUUGGGGACAUGGUGGUUUAGUCCAUGGGCUCAAGACAGCUUUGGUUCAAAUUCUGGCUCUGACAAUGACUGCGGGGUGAUCCUGGCUAACUGGCUUCACCUCUGUGCGCCUCAUCUGUAAAUUGAGGCCAAUGAGAGCACCUGCCUCCUGAUGUUGUUUUGACAACUAAAAGAGAUAAUAAAUAUAUGUAAAAGGUAUGCAAUGUUUAGAAGAAUGCCUGGCACAUAGCGAGGGGGCAACAUGCCGUCCUCAUGAGAAACGCCAACGUACUCAUUUCUCCACAUCUCACGCAGGUAAAGGUCACGGGAUCUUUCUGAUUUCUCUCUCCAGCCUUCUCUCCUGUAUCUCCCCGCUGCACUCUAAGGCUUUCUCUACCUCUGCAUUUUAUGUUUCCUCCUUCUGGCCCAUCCUCUCUGUUCUUCUACCUUCUAUUCUUGGCAAGCUCCUGUUUAAAGAAUACAAACUUGGGGGCCAAAAGCAUGUUUUACUUAUCAUGGUCUAUGCUUUUUUUUUUUUUAAGUUAAAAUGGAUUUCUAACAUUGACAAACAUGGAGAUUUCUUAUAAAAAUCCAUAAUUUGAGGGCCAGGCGCGGUGGCUCACGCCUGUAAUCCCAGCACUUUGGGAGGCUGAGGUGGGUGGAUCACCCACGAGGUCAAGAGAUUGAGACCAUCCUGGUCAACAUGGUGAAACGCUGUCUCUACCAAAAAUACAAAAAAUUAGCUGGACAUGGUGGCGUGCGCCUGUAGUCCCAGCUACUUGGGAGGCUGAAGCAGGAGAAUUGCCUGAACCCAGGAGGCGGAGGUUGCUGUGAGCCAAGAUCGUGCCAUUGCACUCCAGCCUGGGUAACAAGAGGGAAACUCUGUCUCAAAUAAAAAAAAAAAAAUCCAUAAUUUGAAAUUAUCUUGGAAAAACCAUAAGACUCAGUCAUGCUGGGGUCCAGCUUUCUGCAUAACAAUCAGAGACUAGAGCUGAAGAGGCCUCCUUAAGAUGGAAUGGGCACGCUCCAGUUUGCCAGUCUUCACCACUCUCUAUUGUCUCAAACUUGGCUUUUGAGUUGGACGCCCCCAUUUUAAGAUCUCUGCAGAAGAUUUUCUGAUGCACUCUCCCUCCAGACAAUGGAGGAUUUUGUAAUAACUUAAGAAAAAAGUAUAUAAUGAGACAGGGUCUUGCUGUGUUGUCCAGGCUGGUCUUGGACUCCUUGGCUCAAGCAAUCAUACUUCCUCAGCCUCCCAAAGUGCUGGGAUUAUAAGCAUGCACUACCCUGCCCCAGCAAUUCCAGCUUUUGUAAGUCCUUUGCCUUUGAGUGGUCAUGGCUCAUCUUCUGAUUUUGUUCCAGCUCACUGUUACCCAGCUUUAGGUGGCUUCCCCAACUCUUCGAGGUAGUGGAAAGGGUGCGUAUUUUAAAAAAGUCUUUCCAUGCAUCUUUCUUCCUUACUGCCUAGAGGCCCCAGAGAGGUGAUGAGAAGGGGCAAAGUGAUCUUCUACAGAAUGUUUUCCACAGCGUCCUCCAGUGACUGCGUCUUUCCCUAGAGAUCUUCCUUCUCUAGCUCAACUUCCUGACCCCCUGAGGUCUUAUAGAAACCUCUAUAAGGAGGUUAGUAAAAAUCUGAGAACUGGAAUGUAUCCAUGUUCUUGCCAUGUAGUAAUUCAUACAUUCAUUCCUCCAUCUAUGGAUUCCUCUUUUUCACUCACCCCCUAAUUCAUCCAUCCACUUACUCAACAGCCAUUCAUUCACCUGACCAGGUGUGGUGGCUCACGCGUGUAAUUCCAGCACUCUGGGAGGCUGAGGUGGGUGGGUCAUCUGAGGUCAGGAGUUUGAGACCAGCCUGGCCAAUAUGAUGAAACCCCGUCUCUACUAAAAAUACAAAAAAAAUCAGCCGGGCAUGGUGGCAGGUGUCUUUAAUCCCAGCUACUUGGGAAACUGAGGCAGGAGAAUCACUUGAACCCGGGAGGUGGAGGUUGCAGUGAGCUGAGAUGGUGCCACUGCACUCCAGCCUGGGCUACAAGAGCAAAACACUUCCAAACAACAACAAUAACCAAAAAAUCAGCCAUUCACCUAUGACAUGCUGGGCAUUGUGUUACGUGCUUGGAGAAGAAGAAAAGCGAAUAAUCAACUGUAGCAGAAUUCACUUUAUUACCUUGGGCAAAACGUUGACCUUGCUGGGCCUUAGUUUCCUGUAGAUUUAAUCACUUGCUGAGAGAGAAUUUUGUCCUGGGUUUCUCCCAUCCCAUGACUCUGUCCUUAACCUUCUAAAGCAUCCUGUGCCAUCUGCAAACUGCAAAUUGCUAUCUUUACGAGUGUAGGGGGAUUUCUCUAGAAAUCUCUUUGUAUAAACCAUGAAAGAGGAAGGGUCAGAGCCAAGAGGUAGAGGAAGAUGAAGUGAGAGGCAAAGAAGGAGAAGGCCCUCCUGUGACACCUGGUCUGUGUGGGGGCUGGGGGUGCAAAAAGGGAGCCGAGGGGGCCAGACCCGUCUGCCAGGAGGUCCUGCCAGAUGCCCUGACCAUCCUGCAAAAUCUCACCCCCUCCUUGCUCCCUACCAGCCCUAGCUCCAGCUCAGGCUGGAUUGCAAUCUGCACAAUGUGUCCCACUUAGAUUGGACGGGUGGGGGUGAGAACGGGGAGAGCGGAGACCCCUGAGGAGAGAGUGAGGGAGUGCCCUAAAGGGCAGGCAGGAAGUGGUGGCCCGAGGACACUGGAGGGGUAGAGGCUGGGGUGAAGACCGGUGGCAGCCAGAGUGGGGAGGCGGGGCCAGGGGAGCGGACUUGCGAAAGCACAGAUAAUGUUCAGCCCAGCACAGUAGGGGUCAGUUUGGUCCACUUGCCAAGUGACAAAAAGAAAAAAAAAAGUGGGCUGUCACUUAAAGAUCUGGACUCACAGGAGAGGGGCUGGUCUGGAGGUGGGAGGAGGCAGUGACAAGUCAAGGAGGAGACUGGGACUCAGGAGGGUGCGAGGAAGCGUCUUAACUGAGACGGGGCAAGGCAGGCGACAGUGGAGGAAGGUCUGCAGGAGAGAGGCUUCCUCCAGGGUCUGGAGAACCCAGAGGCAGCUCCUCCUGCGUGCUGGGAAGGACUCUGGGCACCUUCAGCCCUUCUACCGUCUGAGGCUCAAGCCGGAAAUUCAGGGUGCUUGCAGAGUGGGUGAUAGAGCCACGGAGCCGGUGUGCCUGGGACCCCCUGCCCGUCUUCUCUCCACUCCCCAGCAUGGAGGAAGGUGGUGAUUUUGACAACUACUAUGGGGCGGACAACCAGUCUGAGUGUGAGUACACAGACUGGAAAUCCUCGGGGGCCCUCAUCCCUGCCAUCUACAUGUUGGUCUUCCUCCUGGGCACCUCGGGCAACGGUCUGGUGCUCUGGACCGUGUUUCGGACCAGCCGGGAGAAGAGGCGUUCAGCUGAUAUCUUCAUCGCUAGCCUGGCGGUGGCUGACCUGACCUUCGUGGUGACGCUGCCCUUGUGGGCCACCUACACAUACCGGGACUAUGACUGGCCCUUUGGGACCUUCUCCUGCAAGCUCAGCAGCUACCUCAUCUUCGUCAACAUGUAUGCCAGCGUCUUCUGCCUCACCGGCCUCAGCUUCGACCGCUACCUGGCUAUCGUGAGGCCGGUGGCCAAUGCUCGGCUGAGGCUGCGGGUCAGUGGGGCUGUGGCCACGGCGGUCCUGUGGGUGCUGGCUGCCCUCCUGGCCAUGCCCGUCAUGGUGUUCCGCACCACCGGGGACCUGGAGAACACCACCAAGGUGCAAUGCUACAUGGACUACUCCGUGGUGGCCACCGUGAACUCGGAGUGGGCCUGGGAGGUGGGCCUGGGGGUCUCGUCCACCGCCGUAGGCUUCGUGGUGCCCUUCACCAUCAUGCUGACCUGUUACUUCUUCAUCGCCCAAACCAUUGCUGGUCACUUCCGCAAGGAGCGAAUCGAGGGCCUGCGGAAGCGGCGCCGGCUGCUGAGCAUCAUCGUGGUGCUGGUGGUGACCUUUGCCCUGUGUUGGAUGCCCUACCACCUGGUGAAGACGCUGUACAUGCUGGGCAGCCUGCUGCACUGGCCCUGUGACUUCGACCUCUUCCUCAUGAACGUCUUCCCCUACUGCACCUGCAUCAGCUACAUCAACAGCUGCCUCAACCCCUUCCUCUACGCCUUCUUCGACCCCCGCUUCCGCCAGUCCUGCACCUCCAUGCUCUGCUGUGGCCACAGCAGGUGCGCAGGCACCUCCCACAGCAGCAGUGGGGAGAAGUCAGCCAGCUACUCUUCGGGGCACAGCCAGGGGCCCGGCCCCAACAUGGGCAAGGGUGGAGAGCAGAUGCACGAGAAAUCCAUCCCCUACAGCCAGGAGACCCUCGUGGUUGACUAGGGCCGGGAGCAGAGAGAAGCCUGGUUCCCUCGGCCCUCCCCAGCCUUUGCCCUUGCUUUCUGAAAACCAGGUAGUGUGGCUACACCUUCUCCCUGCACGUCCUUUCACUGCCCCCUGACUCCCGUCCCACGCUGUCCUCCUCUACUUUUUUAUUCUUUCUCAGAGAUUUGUGCUUUAGGGGAAAGAGACUGGGUCCUAUAGACCUGACUGUACACAAGCUGUUUCAUCUCACUCAGCCUCAGUUUCUCCAUUGGUAUGAAAUGGGGAAAGUCGUAUUGACCCUAAAAUGUUGAGCCUGAGUCUGGACUCGAUAAAAGCUUAUUUCCCUCCACUGCUUUCUUAGAUCUGCAGCCGUCUUUUCUCUCUCCUUUCCAUGUAUUUUUUUCCCCCUCACCACUCUCUGCAGCUGUCACUCCUCAUCCCUGCCUUCUGGCACCAAUCCCCUCCUGCAGCUCAUCCCCCUGUCUCCAUCCCUCCUUCUCCCUUGCCUACUUUCCUGCUCUGAAGGGCUACUAAGGGUUAAGGAUCCCAAAGCUUGCGGAGACUGGCCCUGUGUAAGCUCUCUAUCCUGUUUUCUGAGUGUGAGGCAGGGAAUGGGCUGGGGCAGGGGUGGGCUGUGUGUCCGCAGAGAGUUAGCGCUCCAGCCCUUAGAGCCGGGUGCUCCAGACCUUGCCCUAAGAUUGGAUCACUUCCCUGUCAUUUCAGGAAAUGCUAGUGUGAUUCCUGCAGUCCCUCCUUGGGACCGUGACACUGACUAGAGAUGCAUUCUCCAAAUUUUCUGCAGACCCUUUCAUCCUUCCUCUAUUUUCUCUGGGAAUUGGAAGGCAGCAGGGCUGAUGAAUGGACAUGCUCCUUAGUUUCACUAUGUGAGUGGGGAGUUGGGAAGGGAAACAGAGAGAGAGAGAGAGAGAGAGAGAGAGAGAGAGAGAGAGAGAGAGAGAGAGAGAGAGGAUGGAGGGGCGUUUGCAUUUAGUCUAGACGUUGCUUGGCUUCCUCCCCAGGUCCUCAUCUCUCUGACUUCCUGCAAAACUGUGAGCUGAAGGUUUUCUCCAUUUCCCCAUCUUGCCCCAUCAUUUCAAUUUGUUUUUUGGGCACUGGUGCUACUUGGUGCCAAGAGUAACACUGGUUGUGGUGGAGAUGCCUGCUUCUUGUCUGUGUGUGUGUACUUAUAUGUCUAUAUGGACGAGCCUGGCAUGAACAGUGGUGUGUCUGGGUCACUUGGAUGAACCCCCUCCCAUCCCCAACUCCACUGCCUCUGCUGUUCACACAUGACCCUUGGCAGGGGGUGGUGGGGUGGGGCUGGGUAGGGACACACUGAGGCAAUGAAGAAUGUAGAAUAAAAAUGAGUCCACCCCCCAUUGGAUUUGGGGGCUCCAACGGCUGGUCCGUGCUGUAGGAGAGAAGUUAAUGUUUGCACCAGGCUUCCUGUAGGGAGGUCCCUCCCCAAAGCAGCUGGCGCCAAGGCUUGGGAGCAGCCUACUGAGCUGGGUUCCUGCUCCUUUCUGGGCUCCAUGAAGGAAGGAAGAGGCUGGUUGAGAGCCUCUCUUGGCCCCUUUCCGGUGCCUCCCACCUGGCUUCAAAUGUAUGGGCACUGCCCUCAUCAUCCUUCCUUGUUCCAGGGUCAGUGGCCCUCUUCCUAAGGAGGCCCCCUGCUUGCCAUGGGCUGAAAGGCACUGGGUGGGUUUUUUCUGUCCCUACCCUCAGGAUUGGACCUCUUGGCUUCUGCUGGGUGGGGAGCCAGGAAUAGAGACUGGAACAGGCAAGAAGGGGCAGAUGGCAUGAUUUUCACACCGCCAUAGAGAUCAUGAGGAUGAAAUUCAUGGUGGAGCCUUUGUGAGCUAGAGGCGGGGGGUGUCUAUUCUGGGUUUUGUUCUUGGAGGACUCUGGAAGUGAAGGACAAGACAAGAGCAAUGGAGAUACGAAAAGCCCACCUUGAUGCAAAUGGACAUCUUGACCCUCCCUGGAAUGGCGCCAGCUCUGGGGGCAGAGGGAGGAGGAGAGGAGAAGGGAAUCCUCUCAGCCUAGUCUUCCUGUAUUAAGAUGGCAUCUUCUGCAGAGUCACCUCUACUGCCCAGAGCUGUGCUCAAAGCACCCAGUGAACACUGGGAGAGGUUUCUAUAAGGGAAGAGGGUGUCUCUCUGAGGCCUCUGUGGGUAACCUACAGAGACUUCUGCCUGGAACUCACCUGUGGUCUGGGACAGAAGCAGAGGAGGCUGCCUGCUGUGAAGCCCCUUCCCUCUCCCAGUGCCUUCUUCAGAAUGUCCGCACCGUCUUCCAAGCCUCUUAGUCACUGUGGUUCAUCAAAUAAAACUGUUUGUGCAA